AUGUCAGUCCGGGAGUGCUGCCUGAGAGGCUUCCAGUGGGAUGGGGCCCCAACCGGUCGUACAGACCAUCUUGCUGGGCUCGAUGUCUACAUCUCCGGGACCAACGAGCAAGCUUCUAUCUUGUUCGUUGCUGAUCUUUUUGGCUGGAAAUUCCCAAAUAUCCGACUUCUGGCUGACCACUAUGCUAAAGAGGUCAACGCCACCGUCUACGUGCCUGACUUCUUUGGCGGAGAGCGUUUGCCAGACGAAAUAUUUGCCGAAGAGCGAUGGACUGAUCCUGCGCUGGGUGCGUUCAUGCAACGAAACUCUCGCGAAGUCCGCGAGCCCGAAGUUCUUGCUUGUGCACGCGAGCUUCGAGCUAAACACCCGAAGCUUGCUGCUGUCGGGUAUUGCUAUGGCGGCUGGGCGGUCUUCCGCCUUGGGGCUAAAGAGCAUCAGCCUCCGCUCGUCGACUGUAUCUCGACUGGACACCCGUCAAUGCUGACGAAAGCCGACAUUGAUCAAGUCGGCGUGCCAGUGCAGAUCCUUGCACCCGAGAUCGACUUUCUUUUCACGCCUGAAUUGAAGCUACAUGCUUUCCAAACCUUGCACACUUCCUCUCUGCCCUUUGAUUAUCAACACUUUCCUGGCGUGGAGCACGCCUCUCUCGUGAGAGGGAAUGACGCAAAAGACGGAGAGAGGAAAGCGAUGGCUCGCGCGAAGAACGCUGCCGUGGCAUGGAUUAGGCAAUUCCUGCAUGAGGAGUGA